AGAAAGUCCACAAAAAUGAAUGAACUGCAGUGUUUCUCAAAAGAUUAGACUAGGCCUAGAGUAAAUAAAUGAACAAUUCUAGCUAAGGAAAACUGCAUGCAAUUCAAUAACAUGACAAUGCAUUCAACAUACAUUACAUAUCAUACAAACAAAGACCUGUAUGUAUUGAUUACUAUAGCCAAUUUGAUGUGGUAACGUUGCAUUGAGUCAGGUGACUGCCGUCAGCUGAUUGCCUCCAGACAGAAUAUGGCCGACCUGUCAGAAGCUCAUUGAGGAACGGCUGAGUUUAGCAUAAUCGAGUCUCUUUUUACGACUUUUGGGGCUCAUAUUUCACUAACGUGGACAACAGUUUUUACAACAGUUACUAAGAUGAGCGGGUUGCCGGUUGGCAUGGCAAAUGUCCCCAGCAAGAGCAAUCACACAGGGAAGGAUGGCCAGGUGUGGGAGAGACUCUGGACCUUGGAAGAGAUGCGACAGACCAGCGCCAACUGGUCCCUGGCUGCAGACUCAGGACUCUUCCUGUUCCUGCAAGACUUCUCCCAGAGGAUGCUGUCAAAGACUCAUGAGAUAGAGAAGCAGCUGGAUGGACUGAUCAGAGACACCAAGGCCACAGACUGUUGCAUGCACACCGUAUUCAACCAUUUCCUCAUGCUCUCCAACACACAAUUCAUUGAAAACAGAGUGUAUGAUGAGGAGGUGGAGGAGGAGGCGGUGCCAAAGCCUGAGGCCUUGGAGAGACUGCCUGAGCAGAAGACUCGUGAGCAGAAGGAAGCCCAGCUGAUUCCUAAGGUCCAGGAAGCAGUGAACUACGGUCUGAUGGUGCUGGACUCUGCAUUUGAGCAGCUAGACGUAAAGGCAGGAAACUCUGACUCGGAGGACGAGGAGGCCACAGACAGAGUGGAGCCCAUACUGGAGCCCAAGGACCUGUAUGUGGACAGGCCUUUACCAUAUCUGAUUGGCUCUCAGCUCUUUAUGGGGCAAGAAGACGUUGGACUGGGAGACCUCUCCAGUGAAGAAAUGUCAGUCGACAGUGAUCGCGACACCGUCAUUGUGAGCGAAGAUGGCAAAGAUGCUAACCAAUCAGACGAUGACUUCGACCAGGAUGAGGAGGGGCCAGGCACCAUUAAGAAUAAGAAGUUGUCUAUGUUGAGUGAUGAGGACGAGGAGGGAGAUUCAGACAUAUUCGGAGAAUCAGACGAAGAUGAUGAUGACAGAAAGUCUUUGUGUCACAUUCAGAACCCAAGACCAUCAUCCUUUGCUGAUGAGCUGGCCGCCAGAAUCAAAGGGGAACCUAUCAGCAAGCCAGAGGGAGAUCGCACAUCUGAUGAAGAUGACAGCGAGGAGUUAUUCGGGCCACCCAAGAUGGAGGACGAGGACUUCUCUCCGUUUGGAGGAAAAGGGGGCCUCUUCAGUGGAGGGAGAGGACUGUUUGAUGAGGGGGAUCUGUUCUCUGAUCCACCUAAACAGCCUGUAGCAGAGGAGAAGAUCACAGAACUUGUCAAGCCUGCUACGAAGAUUCCUUCAGGGGCUGUUCCAAUUUUCCCAGAGAACAGCCUGUUUGGCACUCCUAAUGACUCUGACUCAGUGGAGGGUAGAGAGAACGGCAGUCUAGUCAAACCCAUCAAGACUCGGACAUCAGCCCCUAGAAAGACCGCUUUAGGGGGGCUGUUUGACGAUGAGGAGGAUCACUUCUUCACCGGCGAAAGCCUUAAUAAAUCCAACUCAGCUGGACAGGAGGAACCCAAGCAGAAGACGACAGUGGAUCUGUUUGGAGGAGGUGAUGAGGAUGGUGACAUCUUCAGUGAGAUGGAGGAGGAAGAACAGAUAGGUCCAACCAUCCCUAAGAGUCAGUCCAAGCCGGAACCGACACUUCAGAGCAAAGCUCUUCUGUCCAUAUUUGUUGACGAGGAGGAUGAGGAUCUGUUUGUGUCUGCGAAGAAGUCUAAAUCAAGCCAAACUGAAGAUGCCACACCACAAGUCAAGAAACCUGUCUCUAGUGCCCUCUUCAGUGAUGACGCGGACCAUUGGAUGAGCUCCAAGCAUAGUGCAGGAAAGACUGGAGGGAUGAAGUCCAGUGAUAGCAACCCUUAUCGUCUACGCAGUGUCAAAGCAGAUCCUUUCGACAGCCUGUUCGAUGAGUAUGAUGACGAUCUCUUUGCUGCUACCAAGGAGUUGAGUCCGAAGAAGCCACAGAGAGCGUCUCUCCUGUUUGAAGAUGAGACUGAGGAUGGUGAAGAUAAGGGAUCCCUCUUCGUCUUCACACCAGCCAUCAACAACAGCUCUACUCUAGCUGACCCUAAAGCUGCUGCUGUGGCCUCCCCAGCCCUCUCACGGGUCCACACAGACAAACCUGAGGUGACGGCAUCACCUCCCCCAGUGGAGAAGAGGCGUGCAGAGGAGAGGGCAGCGACGGGUCCUGAGGUACAGCCCCUGUCCUCUCUAUUAGAGUGCAGUGAGAGUAAGAAGAAGCCAGUAGGGGCCGUCAGUCUGUUUGGAGGGAUCAACGUGCUGGGAGACCGACUGGGAGCAGCCAAGCAGACUAAGAGCCCAUUGGACGAGACGGAUGGUGAUGACUUCCUGUCUGAGGGCCCGCCCCCCAUGGAAAAGGAGUCCAAAAUGAAGAAGAACACCGUCAGUCUGUUUGAUGAUGAGGAGGGUGCUGACUGGACUGUCCCCAUCUCCAUACCUAGCAAACCAGCUACCAUAAACACACUAAAGCCUGCAGAGGAGCGUCCUCAUACCAAGAGCAGUACCGGGGUGUUCCAGGAUGAGGAACUGCUCUUCAGUCACACUCAGCAGAGAGACAACCACCCUGACGUUGACAUCUUCGCCACGCCUGACAAGUUUGUGAGGUUCAGGCCCAGUAAUGCUAGUAGCUCAGUGAAGUCCAGGCCCAGCUCAGUGAGGUCGGCAGCCCCAACACUUUUUAGUAAUGAAGAUGACCUCUUCAGUUCUGUCAAUCCCAAAGCUCUUCAGCCGAAAGUAUCGGCGAAGCCCAGUAAACCCGGUAAAGACGAGCCAUCCCUAAAACCUUCUGUCACAGAACCAGUCACAGGGAGUGAGACCAACCUGGUGAUCAACCCUGUUGCCCUCCUACCAGGCCUCAGCCCCAGUCCAGCAUGGACCCAGUCCCCCAGCGACGGAGGGCUUAGCUUCGACCGCCCUGUACCGGUGGCUGUGCUACAGUGUGCCAACAAGGUUGGUCAAGGGUCAGAGGGUCGAGCUAAAGGCUCCAUCCGCCGCAGGCCCCAGACCAGGGCAGCACGGCAGAUGUCAGCACAGAGCUCCGUGGACCAGAAAAACCAGGGAGAGGACCCGGCCGGACACAGCCCAACCCUACCUCAUCCAACCCAGCCUAGUUUGGCACUACUUAACUUAACCCUGCCCCGGCCUAGUCUACCCAACCAAGCCCCAACCACUGGCUUACCCUCCUUCUUACCUGCCUCCUUACCCUCCCAACCCCCGCUCACUGAUGUCUCUGUCAGACCAUCAGUUCUAACACUACCAGUGUCCAACACCCCUCUAAAGAGAGACUUUUCUAUGGGAAGCAAGGUGAAGGUGCUGCCCUCUCCCGACGAGGCUGACCUGUUUGGGUCUGUCCCUGCCCUAGCCCCAGUCCCCAAACUCGCCACAAAGACUACGGAGGGUGAGUUGACGCCGAAGAAAGAGAAAGAAGCGACCCCUCCGUCCCUUUUUGACGACCCCAUGGGUGACUUGUUCCAGAAGGUCAAACCGAGGUCGGCGAAGGCCUCUUCCUUCCUGGAGGAGGAUGAAGAGGGUAUCUUUGUGCUGGGAAAGAGCUCUACUCCCACUACUAAAAUUACUGCUGGAAGGAAAGUCACUAAGGCAGGAAGCAACUCUACUCCCAAACAGAACCUCUUGGUCAUUAUUGAUGAAGCGGAGACGACCCCCAAAGCUCACAAAGACAAAUCUCUGGAUACCAGCCUGUUUGACGACAAAGUUGACAUCUUUGCUGAUUUGACGGCCACUUCAAAACCAAAAGAGAAGUUCAAGAAGGCGGAGACUAAGUCCAUAUUUCAUGAUGAUAUGGAUGACGUCUUCUCUCCCAGCACUGUGAAGCCAAUGGCCAAGCAGCCUCCAUCCAAGUUCAGGAAAAGCCCUCCCUCCCAGGACACCAGUGCAGCGGAUGGCUUGGGCAACAUCUUCGACGACCCUCUCGAUGCUCUGGGUGGGAACUGAACCGUGGACUGUUCCUGAUUAACUAAAACUUUGUCCCAAAUGGCACCGUAUUCACUAGACGGUUCAUUACUUUUGACCAGGGCUCAUAGGGUGUGCACUAUGUGGGGAAUAGGGUGCCAUUUGGGAUGCUGUCGCUAACUGUACAAUUGUGCAGAAAACGUUGUUUUGGAGGACUGAAAAAGGGGUUGGAGAUAUUAACACUGUUCUUAUAAAGACUAUUUCUAUAUAGACUAUUUAUAUAAAAGCAAUCCAUCGAUCGGCAUAACCUUGGAUUGAAAUUUAAACCCAGGAUAAAGAUUUAAACCCAUCUCUGAUUGAUAACAAGUAACUAUUUGUCUUUAUUUAAUGUCCAUGGUGGCAGGACUUGGCCAUCAUUAGGCCAGCUGCUAAUAAAGAAAUAGUCAAUGAUUUAUACAUGUAGUUGAGUUCUGGGUAUGUGGAUUAACAUUGCCAUUCUGAGAUUACAUGUCACCAUCGGGCUGUGCCAUAUCACCGUUAUGAAAUCAUUUGUUUUUGUUUUUCAAUUAAUAUUAAAUUGUUACAUUUGUUAACUUUGCCUGUGAUAAAUGACAAUAGAUUAUUUUUUUUAAAUAAUUAAAUUAUAUUUUGCUAAA